UACCAAUCAAUGAGAGCAGCUAGACUGCCAAGUUCGAAACAAAUUUACAAACUAAAAAAAUUUAAUCUUAAUAUCUUGAACUGAAUUUUUAAUUUAUCUAUUAAAGUGUAAAUCAUUAAUUUUAAUAUAAAUUUAUAAAAACUAGGUAUAACCAUGAGUAAACUAAACAAAUUCAUAAGUUUCACUAUAAAAGGAGCAUUAUUCGGAGCAACGAUAUUUGGUUCACAAGAAUUAGGUAUAUGGAAAGAUGGUGAAACAUCACGUGAAGUAGCAAAAAUCCUCAUUGCAAUUUUAACUCCUAUAGCCAAAAAAGCAGAGUCAGAAAUGCCACAACAAGUAAAACAAUUGCCAUCUGUAGAAAAUUUAAAAUCCACAUCUACGGCGUGUUGGAAUAAAGGUGUGUACAAUGCUGGCGAGUUUGUUAUCGAUGUACCUAACAAAUGUGUUUGUGCGGCAAAUAAAGCUUAUGAAUUGGUUGAAAUACAAAUGAAUAAAUCUAAAGAAAAUUAAUAAUGAUCUAUUAUCAGAUUAAGUAAAUAAAACCAUGUACCAUGUUAAUAUUUAAUAGAAAUUUGUGUUGUAACUAUUUGUAACAAUUUGUUUUUGAAAGAUGAGUAGAUAAUUUGUUAUGCCAUUUACUACACUUAAUUCAUUCAAUAUAGAGCGAUUAGAAUUACAAAACA